UUAUUGGGAGCUCUCAAGAACUCGACCUGUGCUAUUUUGGGCAAGACCGAAUAGAGUUCCUGGGGCAUGAAAUUUCUGGCAAAGGUAUAAUCCCAACUACAACAAAAGUAGCCGCUGUGAGUAACUUCCCCAGACCCAAGAACCUUUGUGCAUUAAGGGGGUUUCUAGGUUUGGCCGGCUUCUAUCGUCGCUUUAUUAGAGAUUUCUCGGGUAUAGCCACGCCCCUCUACAAACUAUUGAAAACAGGAGAAAAUUUCACCUGGAAGGAGCAGCAACAAGAAGCAUUUGUUUUGUAUACAGAUGCAUCGCACCUUGCUCUUGGUGCUGUUUUAUCUCAGCCUGGCGAUAACGGGCUUAAAGGUGUUGUGGAGUACACCAGUCGAUCAACAAAGCCUGCUGAGCGGAAUUACACAAUAACUGAAUUAGAGUGUACCGCUAUUGUUUGGGCCAUGAAGAAGUUUCACCAAUAA